UUAAAGCACGGCAUCGUCWAGGGCUAACGUAGUGUYGAUUGAAGAGAACAAAGCUCAAUUGUAACAGGGAUCGCGAUCAAAGCAGGAUGAUGAAUGCAGGGAUCGCUAUUUAGAUCCCUGCUGUGAUGAAGAUACAGAUUGUCGAUAUCACUGGUCCUACUCCGUACCUGAACUAGGGGUACGUUUACUCCUUGGGCUGGAAUGUCUUCGUUUUCGAAGGCAAUCGACCUCGAGGAAAAGUUUCUCAAAGAGAUAGAAAAGUCCGAGAGGACGAGAUCACCAACGCCAGCUGCUUCAUCGUCCCAUCAACGGGACAAUCCCACRAAACGAGACAKUCACUCUCGUUCUCGUCGAGCUCCGCGUCGCCCAUCCAAUUACGCCAGCGAUAAUCAUAGCYACAAYAGUAACGAAAGCAGUAAUGAAAGCAAAGACUUCGAUCUCAAUUACGAUUACGGUGUCUAUGAAAACAGCCCCAGCCCCACGGUUUCUUUGACUAAUUCUUCCAUGUCAGUCUCUUUCCCCAAUGACCGCAAACCUUCUUCUUCAGAUAAAUACUCCAGCAAAAGAAUUGAGAAAGAUCAUGCGAAAGAUGAAAGGACGAGAAGAACAAGGACCACAGGCAUMUUGCCAUCUGGAGGYGGUCCGAUGAUUGAGAUUUCGAAGAUCACCGCACUGGUCGAAGAAGAACUCCAGACUCAAAGGGACAAACACAAGGAUCAACUCAACCGAWCGSUGGCGAAGUUCAAGGAGCGGCGAGAGAAAUACCAGGAAGAAAACAACCAGCUCCGUGCACAGCGGGACGAGGCAAGGAAGGAACUAGAGAAGGUGAAAAAAGACUACGCUAGCCAGAAAAGAGCCGCAGAACGCAACAACCGCUUACAACACCAACAGAAAAGUCGUAUAGAAAGUCUCGAGGAACAGAGAGAACUAUUCGAGGAGCUGCAGGCWGAGCGCGACGCACUUUUGGACGAAAUUKCUAGGGCACAGCAGCACCAAMAAAAGACCAAAGACGAGCUGUCUUCGCUGAAGGUAAGAGUCCGCGAGGACUCUCAGAAACGGCUUGCCGUGAUGGAAUCUUUGUCCWUAUCAUGGGACACGGAACAAAAGGAAGCAAAACAAAAAGAGGCUCUYCUCAACUCGGAGCUGGACAUCAUGUCCAAAACACUGGCUGCCGAACAMGAAUUCUUGAAAAACAAAAACAAGGAGUUCGACAAACUCGAAGCGCAAUACCGAUCUACGAAAAAGGAGCUGCGGUCCAUAAAGAUGACGUUGAUAGCAAAGAAGGAAGAAAUGGACGACGAAAUCAAACGCGAACGGGAGUCGCACAACCGUGUCAAUGAGGAGCACAAACAAAUACUGAAAUUAAAGAACGACGAAAUAUUCAUGGCCGAGACCACGAUUCGGAAUAUGAAAGCAGAAUUGAAAUCAACCAGGGAAAAGGUUGCUCUGAAAGAAAAAUCCAUGGCCUCCUUGUCGGAAGAGAUGAAGAAGAGGAUAGAGAGGAASAACAGCUCGGACCCCGAAGCUGAUGCCCUACGCGAGGAAAACCGUCGCCUGGAAGCCGAGAUCAAGGAAUUGCAGAAGCAGGUGGAAUCCUAUCUCGCUAACAUGGCACUCCAGCAGGAAUUCUGUAAUAGYCUCAAGAGCCGUAUCUACAAGGAACAAGAGAACGAGCAAGAACAAGUGGAAGAAAUUCACAAGCUUCGAAAAAAGAUCAAGAAGCAGCAGAAGGAGCUCWCGGCCAAGGACCUGCAGAUCAGCCAGCUAAAGGCACUUUUGGGUGAACCCAAGGGCGAUUCUUCGUCAAGGGUUUCAUCAAAAACGGGGUCGUCGCCGGCAAUAAAAAAGUCCAGUCUGAAGAAAGCAAAGGGAGGACGCAAAGGCGGAUACAGGUCGUCGUAAGGGGGAUGUAGCACAGCAACUACAAUCAGUAGGAUCUCGUGUUAUCAAGGAGUGUUCGACCAAAUCGGGAGGCAUUCGAUCAAGAGUAGCAUGUUGUAUAUUAUUCAUAGCUAUAAAAAUAGAAUCAUCAUUUACAA